AUUCUUGUUUGCUUAUACACAGCCUGUUCAGUGGGGAAUUAUCUUGUUAAGAUCUAAUCGUAUACAGUGUAUGUGUGGUGUAAAUAUAUGGCCAUUUAAAAUUCAAAUACAGAAUGUGGAGGUCAUUGUAGGAACCUUCUGCGCCUCAGCAAGUGUGAAUGAAUUAUCAGACUGCUUUCAUUCUUUCCUCACUGUUCACAUUACUAUUCGCAGCUGGGAGCUAUGCCAUAAGUUACCUUUAUAUUAGCAUUGAAAUUUCCAAGGCAUUAAAAACAAAAUAUUUCUUCUUUUACUCCCAGUUUUAUUUGUAGGCUGUAAAAACAUACAGUGUGUCUGUUGAUCAGAAGCUGGUUGAGAUGUUAGAAAUUUGUUAAGCCAGGAAAAAAUCCUCAAAAUUAUGAACAUGGUGAAAAAUAAAGAAGUGAGCAUUGAAGGAGCUUUGCAUUUGGCACAGAAAGAGGUGUAUGCUGAAAAGGAUUCACAGGAUUUGCUAACCAGUUCACAAUUUAACUUCAUUAUCUACAAAUACAAACACUAUCGGUGGCAGAAACGAAUUUUGCAGAUUGAUUUCAACACAAAGACCAUUUUUAACAUUGAAAAAGGAAUUAUUAAGAAACAGUUCCCUUUCUCACAAGUCAAAGCCUGUGAAGAUACUGAAAGGAGGCGCUUCAGCAUUGUGUUUCAUGGGCGACAAGAUUAUGAGCUGGAAGCAGUGUCUCUUGAUGAUAAAAGGAAGAUAACAUACCUUCUGAGCAGAGUUAUACAGAGCAAUUUGUACAAGAGACCAGCAGAGUCCUGCUCUGGAAGACCCGCAGAAUAUGACGUGAUACAUGAAGGACUGCUGGAUUUGCAGCAAAAGACUUUUACAUCCACUGAAUGGGUGAAGUACUUGGUACAACUACGUGAAGGAGAAUUGGCUUUAUAUUGCAUAGGUCUGGGAGGACAGAACAAGAAUGCAGACCCUAUAACAAAUACAAUUAAUUUGUCAAGCGGUAAUGUGAGUGUCAGCAAGGAGAAUGGAUGCAGUACCUUUUCAGUCCAGACCAAAGAACACAAUUAUUUGUUUCGAAUACCCUUUACUGUCCAAAAUAACAGGACAGAGGAUGUUAGCAAGCUCCAGAAUGAAUGGGUGUCUCUCAUAGAAAGGUACUGUCCACUCUGCAAGGAUGCCUCACUGCCUCAGGAGGGAUCUCAAGGAUGCAUCUCCUCCGAAGGGGAUUAUGAGGAUUUUACUGUACCUCUGAAUGAACAGAAAGAGAAGGCCCUCCACUUUGGUGGGAGUUCUGCAGCAACCAGUCUGAACAAGUCUUCAAGCCCCCAGACAAAGCCUGCAGAGGGGGAAGCAGCUCCAGCAUCACCAUCUCUUCCGCUUCCCAUAAGUAAGGCAGAGGUACCACCAGCCCCACCUGCGGUCCCGCAGCCCUGCAGCCUCCCUUCAUUGACAAAGAGAACCAAAGCCUUUCACUGGGAUGUUGUUCCUUGCGAUAAGAUUCCAAAAUCUGUCUGGGGAUCAUGUGACCCAUGCAAGAAAAAAAUAGAUGUAUCCAGACUCUGUGAUCAGUUCCAGAUCCAGGACAUGGCAGUAUUUUCAGGCAAUGAAGCUUCAGUGAAUCAACACAUCAUGUUAGAUCGAAAAGUUGCACAUAACUUCAAUAUUUUUCUUAAAAGUUUCCGUAUAAAACCAAGCGACCUGAAAGAAAAACUGUAUAUUAUACAUGAAGAGAGUGGUGGACUUACAGAUGAACAGAUUACAGCACUAAGAAGAUACAUGCCAACACCAAAAGAUGCAGAAAGGUACCAGUCAUUCAAGGGGUCUCCUUCAGACCUGCAUGUGGUUGAUCAAUUUAUGUUAGAGAUGUGUAAAAUCCCCCACCUAGGCCAGAGGCUGGACCUCCUGCUUACCAUACGUGAGCUCCCUGUGAGCAUGAGAGAUUUGGAGCCUCUAAUAAACCAGAAAAUCCAAGCGAGUAAGCAGCUGCAAUCCAGCCAGAAAUUUGUCGCUGUCUUGGAGUACAUUUUAGCCAUUGGGAACCAUUUAAAUGAAAACGCUGGAAAAGAGAAGGCUAAAGGAUUUCGAUUGUCGUCUUUGACCAAAUUACCUCUGUUGCGGGGUAAAGAGAGGACAUUCACCUUGCUUCAUGCCCUUGUGGAACAGAUCUUCUUACAUGAGCCUGAUCUGGCCAAAUUUUCUCAGGAGUUGACAGAAUUUGAAGCUGUUCCUGAUGCUUCCAUGAAGGGCCUCAGUGCUGAAGUUGAUGUUUUAAAAAAAGAAUUGGAAAACGUUAUUCAGUGCAGGCGGCUUAUUAAACCCAAGACAAUCAAGGCAACACCCCAGGAGUCACAGUUCUGCAAAGAACUAAAGGAUUUAAUUCAGAAAUAUGAAGGGGAUCUAUCCCAGCUGUCAAAAAGAUGUGAUGAAAUGAAGAAGCUUUAUAGCAACAUACUGGUGAAAUUUGGGGAGCCGCAAGACCUAGACUCUCAGGAACUAUUUGGGUGGAUAUCUUCAUUCAUUAGUGAGUUUAGGAAGGCCUGUGCUGAAGUCAUGCCAUAA